GCAAUUCUUCGCAGAGUAGAGGGACCCCCUCGUAAAUUUAUAAAUUCUCCCCUACAACCUCGGGGGACGGGGGAGUUCAACAGAGCCGAGAAAGCUGAAAAUGAAAGACCUGAAAGCUUUAAGCCUCCAUUGAAAGUCUCAACUAGAAUGUCGGUUUCAGUGAAUUCAUCGGACCAGGUCUGUGAGAAUGGAACUGUUAAGCUACUUCCUGCUACGAAUGAUCACCAUGGAGGUGUUAUUGUGGACAUGAGGGAUGCUAUGGAGCCUCAGGCAUUUCGUACUUCGCUUAGAACUUCAAUAGUUCAAUGGAGGCUACAGGGAAAGAAGGGAGUUUGGAUAAAAUUACCCAUCGAACUUGUAAAUCUUGUUGAAACGGUAGUUAAGGAAGGAUUUCACUACCACCAUGCUGAGCCACAUUACCUCAUGCUUGUUUAUUGGAUUCCUGAAACCACUAAUACUAUACCUGCAAAUGCUUCACACCGAGUUGGCGUUGGUGCUAUUAUUUUGAAUGAUAAAAACGAGAUGCUUGUAGUCCAGGAAAAGAGUGGCAGGUUACAAGGAACAGGUGUGUGGAAAAUCCCUACCGGUAUAGUUGAUGAGGGUGAGGAUAUUACUGUGGCAGCUGUAAGGGAAGUUAAAGAAGAAACAGGAAUUGAUGCAGAGUUUUCAGAGGUAUUAGCAUUCAGGCAAGCACACAAGUUAUUUUUUGAGAAGUCGGAUCUGUUUUUUGUGUGCAUGAUGCGUCCUCUAUCCUUUGACAUCCAAAAGCAAGACCUAGAGAUUGAGGCAGCUAAGUGGAUUUCACUCGAGGAAUUCGCAGCUCAACCAGUCACCCAAAAACAUGGGCUCUUCAAGUGCAUCCAUGAGCUUUGCUUGGCAAAAGUAAAGGGGAACUAUGCUGGAUUUUCUCCACUGUCUAUAGAAUCAUUUUUUGACGAUAGGUUGAGUUAUUUUUAUUUAAAUAGGCAGGAGAUUCAGUGCCUAACUUCUUCGGUUCAGUCCUAGAUGCAUGUUUCAUUAUCUCUAUAACUCUACAUUGUUUUGUAAUAUUAAGGUGUCAUUCCUUCUUUGUUGCUCCAAGUGUGUUUUCUGUCUCUCAUAUUUCUUCUUGUCACCAGCUGUGUGACACAAUUUAACUUUGUUUACUUGGCUCGUUAAAGAAAGCAAUAAGAAACAGACAGAAAGAAGAUUGUGUUGAGUUGAGAACUUGAGAAUGGUCCUUUAGUUUACAUUUGUUUUGGCUUUUUUUGUUUUUUCCGAUGAAUAAAAGAAGGUUACCAACAAAAAUCCCUAGCACAGCCACAACCCAGCUGCUCAAGGAGAAAAUCAACGGUAUGAUCCUUCCUUUGCAGCUUGUUUUGGCUUUUGAUUUGAAUGGGAAGUGGAGUUUUGCUAUCAACUUGUUUUCAAACUCUUUCAAGCUGAUGUGGGACCUGUAUACAUGAAAGGGUGAGUCAUUUUAGAAUUUUCAAAAAUAAAAAUGUGAAAGAUUUUUCUCUCUUCCUUUAUUUUUUAUUUUUUAAGUUGUCCAUAUGUAGAACAGUAGAAGCAUAUGCAUGUAAAUUGAGGCUUCCAGGCUCUUCUUGUACAUAAUUAUGACAAAUGGUCUGCCAUGCGGCAGCAAAUCCGGGUUUCAGGAAUAAAAGCUGAAAGCUCCAAACCAGAGAGAGAAAGAAGCUAGCAGCUGGGUUUUUAUAUAUCUGAACAAAAUAUCAUCAUUGUAAUCCCACCUCUUUCUUCUGAUACAUCAUAGCUAGCUCUCUUACCAGAACCAGGAGGAAGAAGAAGAAUGUUUCCUCUGAAACUCGCUGUGUUUUUCACAGCACUGUGUUUGUCUGUCUUCUCCAACCUUGUUUUCAUCAAGGAGAUCUCUGGAGACGCCACACCUGCUUCUCCUAGUGCUAAUUGCGUCACUUGCACUACAUGUCAGUACCCAUGUCCUCCCGCAGGAGGGGACCCCUUAUAUCCCCCACCUCCACCAUCACAAACCGGAGAGUACCAGCCACCGCCACCGCCUCAACAGCCUAGUCAUCAAGGAAAAUGUCCCCCAGGUCAGUAUCAGUGUUGCCAAUACCCUCAGGGAUACUCCCCUCCGGGCCCGAUUCCUCAGUACCUCACCCCUCCAGGGACCUUUGGAGGAGGAGGAGGAGGAGGAUAUGUGCCUUACCCUUACAAUUCGGCUUCUUCGUCUCCUUUGUCAGUCUUGCUUUCAGUACUUGUGAUGGUGCUGUUCUCAGCUGCUGUUAUCUUUUAAGCUUGGGAUGGUCUAUUCUGUGGCCUUGUUAUGUAAAUGUUUUAAAUUCGAUCUAGUAGGCAAUAAACCCUUGUUCCAUCGAUGGGUACUACUAUUCAUACCAGCUGAUGAUUACUGUAGUGAGUCUACAAUUUGGGUUGAUAAUAAUGGUUAAAUUGAGCACUGAGCAGGGAUGGGUUUCAUGUUAUAUGUACUUAAUGUUAGUUUCUCAUUCUUCCGGUA